UUGUAUCAGAUUUGCUGCACAUAUUUACCUGAGAUAAGUCCUGAAUAAUUAGCGCUGGAUGAAUUAUACAUCUCCCACUUAGGUGAAAUUCAAUCUCUCCACUCUUCUCGCUCUCUCUUUUACGUUCAUUGGCAACCCCAAAACAUUGCCUCACACACACACACACACACACCUGACCCCCUGCAGUUUCCCAGCAUGCAGCAGGAGCUGUGGCUCAGAGCCAAAUCUCAGGUGAUCGCCUCCCUGAAAGCAGUGUGUGCAAUGAGGGCAGCCGCCUCGCACCCGCUCCCUCCACCACCGUACGAGCACGAGCUGAAGAACGCUCUUUCCUCCGGUGAUGGCAGCACUCUGAGACCAACACACCUCAGGUCUCGGAUGACCAAUGGCACGCUGAGCAACAGUCAUGGGUUUCCACAUGGACAGAACAGAGAAAACGCAGAUAAACAAAGUAUUGGUGAGAGUCCAAGGAAUCCAAACAACCCAGUGAAGACCUCCAGGAGUCAUCAGGAGCUGCACAGAGAGCUGCUCAUGGCCCACAGGAAGGGUCUGGCAGUGUGCUGUAAACCCGAGCUGCAGAUGGUUCUGGAGAGGAGGAAGAAGGAGCAGACCCAGAAAGAGGAAGGGGAACAGUGCAGGAGCCCGUUAGAGCAGGUUCUCCUCCAACGACAGCAGAAGCAGCAGGAGGUGAUGAGAGAACAGGAACAAGAAGAGAAGAUACGGCACGAGAUACAGCUUCUGGAGUUUAUCAGAGUGAGACAGAAUUUGAGGAAAGUGCAUUCAGCGCUACACAAGAACACCACCUCCUGAAUAUCAGCCACAUCAGAGGCAGGUUGUGACAUGUGGCAAAGAGAUCUGCUCCAGCACCCUUAAACUCUCGGAACAACCUUCAACAGGACUACAUUUUGAAUACCACUAGCUGAAAUCCUUAUGUUUUUUGUUUGGUCCUUUGUGUCCAGAUGUAUGUUUUCGAAAUCCUGAUGCAACACUGUAAUCUAGCUCCAUCAUAAAAACUCGAGGUUUUAUAACAACACAUGCUUUGUUCGAAGGACAUAAAAGAAAUCAUAUUAAUCUUUAUAACUGAGGCGUAAUCUUUGGUGUCACGUAAGAUUGUUUUGUAAUGGAAUGAAAUUCUGUCUUCAGUUUAAACAUCUUUCAUUGGCAUGUCGGUCUGCUCCUAUUUUAGUUUUCCCACAACAACAUCAGAAGAUCUGCUGAAAGUGGUGCCAGUGGGACGUAUGCUGCAUUUGACUAAAUGGUAUUUUGCAGGUUGGACUGGUUUAGUUUUGCCUACAGUGCUUUUAUCAUACAAAGUGGAAAAUGACAUGGAUUCAUGCAUGUUCAUAAACUGGAAAGGAACUCCUGGUGGAGAAGACUACCCGAAGUAGAUGAGUUUAGGGCAUUAGGGUAUUUUUUAUGGCACCUCUAAUCGUGCCUUUGAGGAAACUUUGUGACUUGUAAUUCCCUGCCUAUAGCUGAUAAAAAAAAAAACACAAAUUGUCAUUGCUGCAAUUGAUAUUUCAGUCUAUAAAUGUCCCCCGAGACGUCCGGGCAGCACACAGCUGCCAACAGGAAAAAAUAUAAAUAUCACACCAACCAACAAAUGACCCCCUGGUACCUCUAUACAUACCACACAUAUUUUAAUCUAAUCCUAUGUCAUGUGUUUCAAAGUGUUGUCCUUUAAUAUUCCUCUCUGAAGAUACUGUCACUCUUUGUUUUCUUUUGUUCUAACCUGUGGGUGUUAAA